UUAGCAACGACUACUUUACGGCAGGGAACAAUCUUCCACAUGGCCUUCGACCAGGCUGGAACUGGCGUACGUGUGUAAGGUUUUGUCGCUACGCCAGCGUGUACAAGAGAAAAAAACACGUUAUAUGCGCAAUUUGCACUUUAAUAAGGAUUGAGAUGGGUAAAAGUAAGACCACUAAAUUUAAACGGCCGCAGUUUAACUCUGUUGGACUGCCGGCGAAUGCUGCGAAGGAAGUGGACGCCGAGGAAGAAGACCACGGUGAUGAUGAUAGCUGUCCAGCUGCGGAGUUGUUAGAGAAAUUGCAGAGUCCCAAUGCAGAUGUGCGGGAGUUUGCGUGUGCCAGCAUUUCUCGGGUGGUGCAGCAGAGUCAGACCAUCUCAGGUUUCCUCCAGAGGGAUGCUGUGAGGCGUCUGGGGCCCAUGCUGCUGGACAGCAGUCUGGCUGUCAGAGAAACUGCCACUGGAGCGCUCAGGAACCUGAGUGCAUGUGGCGGUCAGGAGGUGUGUGAGGACAUGGUGAAGCACGACGUCAUGACUCCCCUGACGGCAGUGCUCAGAGAGUGCUGUGCUAGUUUUGAGAGCGGUGCUGAGCUGAUCAAAGACCAGAAGAAUGCAGUGGAGGACGUGGCCAAUGAGGCUGUGAACCUGCUGUGGAAUCUAUGCGAGAGCAGCAGCCACGCACUGUCUGUUUUCAACAAAGUGGGUCUCCUGGAUGUGGUCGUCCAGUGCCUGGAGAGACACCCACACAACGUGGAACUGGCCAUAUCUGCUGCCCAUUGUUUGCACACGGUGACUGAGGAUAACCCAGAGCUGCUGUGCAGCUUGAACACUGCUGUGCUUGGAGUCCUGGAGAAUGUGCUGCUGUCAUCUCAUCCAAGCAUGGCACACACUCUCCUCAGGACACUGGCUGCAGGGACACUGUGGAACAUGAAAGGCAGUCUGCCUGCUGCCCGUCAGGCCGACACCCUCAGCGCUGUGGUGGCCACUUUGUCACGGUGCCUGGAUCUGGACACGGGCGCACUGAUACCUGAACUCAGACAAGCUGAAGAGGUUCGUCAGAGAAACACACAAGCUGCACCAGAUAUAGAGGAGCCGGCUGUGGAAGAGAUGGAGGAGGAGGAGGAAGGACCUAAACACAAGCGGAAUGGAAAAGCUGUCAGGGCUGAUAACGACUUCUCUGACCUUCUGCCUAGGGGCAAGGAGGAGCUGAGGGAAGCAACGGCCUUGCUGACAGCCCAGCAAACGUCCUUGGAGAUCAUCGUCAACUUGUGCUGCUCUGACGACCCCUCUGACGACGAGUGGGAGGAGCAGUCGAGCAGCGACGAAAGCGACGAGGGCCUUUGUGAUGGAGUGUCCAACCUUAUGUCUCCUCUGUGUUUGUCAGCGGAGGUUCACGGAGCCUUAAUCAGCCACGGCAUCCCUGAAAAGGUCCUCAAAAAGACCGACUUCCCCAGAAAGGAAGCCAUGGAUGUGUGCCAUCAGAAUCCCUCCUGGAGAAGCCUGAUAAAAAAGAUGCAGCGCGUGCAGUCCCGGGCGCUGACAUGCCUCCAUAGCAUCCUCUCCACCAUGGAUGCCGAGUCUCUGGGAGGGGCGGCAGCCCUGCAGGGCGCAGCACAGCACCUGUCCACACUGGUGUUCGGUGCAGCAGAGAUACCCAAAGAUGAGGAGUUCCUAGAGGCUGUCAUCAGCGCCAUGCGGUCUCUUUUACAGAUGAUUGCCUCCAAAAAUAUCCCCCAGUGUAUGACCCCCCAGCAGUUGAUGAGCCUGAGCGAAGCAGGCACCCGCUGUGAGAUUGUCAGUGUGAGGGUCAACGCCGUCGCCAUUCUGGGCAUCACUGGCAGCACAUUAGCCAAAGAGAAGGGCACUGCAGAAACACUUCAGAUGAUUGGAAAUGCUUUACUUCAAGUUGCCACAAGGGAUGCUGACCUGGUUGUAAACGGAGAAGCUCUUGAUGCCCUGUUUGAUGUUUUUGCUGAUGGAGACGAGGCGGAGACAGCUGCUAAAAACAUCCAGUUACUACCUGCACUGAAGGCACUUCAACCUGUCUUUAAGACCAAGAUUCGUAAAGAAGGAAGAGGCAGGUACAGUCCUCAGCAGCUGUGUGUGCUGGACAACAUCAAAGUCAACCUGAGAAGAUUCAUUGGCUAUCUGGAGAAGGUCAUGAAAAAAUGAGAACUUUCACACUGCGAUCAGAUGCACCUGUUGAACCUGCUCCAUUUGGACAGAUAUGCUAGCAGGAGCAUAGAGUGACCCAGAAUAUGGUUGUGAAACCAUCAAAUAUUUAUUAUGUUUGUAGUAACCAUUUAUUUUUGCUUGGUUUCACUGUUUAUAUUCUCUGAUUUUACUUCAUGUGAAAGUUUAUUUUUUGUGAAGAGAGAUGGGGUGAAAUUUCUGAUUAGUUAUUAGUUACUGCAAAUUGCAGUAAAGAGAGUUUUUUUUAUUUUUACCCCCUCAGUUGAUAUGUGUCAUUCAACCUAAAAUGGUGAUCAUAUUUGAGUUUUUAUAUUUUUAUGUCCCUCAGUAACCUUUUAAAGAGGUCACGUGUGGAGCGCUAACAAGGUCUCAUGUGUACCCUGAAUUGUGUCCCAUGUUGCAGUGGCCCGUAAAGUCGCAGUUCUGCUGCAAGGAGUAGGAAACCGAGCUAUUAGAAAGUACAGGCCCUUUUUGUGAAGGGUUGUGGUAUCACUACUGUGUGGGAAAAAAUUUUGUGUUAUGGAUAUUGUGUGAUUGAAUCUGAAUUUUGUUGAGACAGCAGUUGACUUACCUCAAGAGAAACAAAUUUUAUGUCAUUUCAGUAACUUUACCAAGCUGAAUGGGAUUGAUACAUUCACUGCCAAAACAUUCAGAUCUGUUAAGACAGAUGUUUUAUCAUUUACAAAUACGCACAUAUUCUAUAGCUCUGCCUCUUUGUGCUCUCUGCACCUCUCAUCUCUCUGCAUUAAUUGCACGCCCUCUGAGGCACCACUCUCAUGCAUGCAGUGGUAACUUUUGCAGUGGUACUUUUGUGAAUUUUUCUCUCUGCAAGUUUCCACAGCAGACAGUUUUCUGCUGACACCGUUCUUGUUAGUGACAUCAAGUAAGUGGCCAAAUAGAUUGGGUGUCAUUAACACCAGUAACUUGGAAUCAUCAGUCAGCAUCAGUCCUGUUCUACCACUGUGCACGUUUGAAAUGCGUAAUCCAGGAUGGUGCCUUCUACUUUGCACCUGAUUCAUAGGUCAUCAUGUGUUGAGUAACUGACAGAGUUAAUGACUUGUUCCCAUGGCAUUUACCUAAAAGUCAAAAUCAAUUGUGUGAUGGUUCUUAUAAGAGUUGGACAUCGCUUCCCUGGGUUAACACAACUUUUCAGGGAAAUGGAAAUACAAACUUGUCAUCAGGUUAUGAAUGAAUACCUUUUUUGAAAUAAACGUUGAUUUCUUAAGCA